ACCACACCCCUUUAUAUACAACCCACUAACAACUUCACUCACCAAGCUUUCAAAAAUCUUCUCUCUUCUCUCCAUUCAUAGAUUCUUAAUUUACUCACUACUUUGAGUUCCACAAUUUUUUACAUCUUUGUUUCUUUCAAGAAAAACCAGCUAGCAAUGGCACUUGAAGCUUUGAACUCUCCAACUACCACAACUCCACCAUCAUUUAAAUUUGAAACUACAAGUACUCAAAAUUACCUUGAGUCUUGGACUAAGGGCAAGAGAUCAAAACGACCUCGUAGUAUCAUGGAGCAACAUCCAAUAAAUGAAGAAGAAUCCUUAGCUUUUUGUCUUCUCAUGCUAGCACGUAGCUGUAAUAAUAAUUUUACAACCAAUUCAACGACACCCGUUAUAUCAAAGAAUUUGUACAAGUGUUCAGUGUGUGGUAAGUCUUUUGGUUCUUAUCAAGCUUUAGGAGGACACAAAGCUAGUCAUCGUACUAAACAACUCGUUAAGGGUGAAGUCAACGAACACUCCGUUACAACCACGACCAGUGCCACGUCAGCUAACAACGUUAGCGGAAGGACUCACGAGUGUUCCAUAUGCCACAAGACUUUUUUAACUGGACAAGCUUUGGGCGGUCAUAAGAGGCGUCACUACGAGGGGAAAGUGACGUCAUCGUCAUCUAGCGGUGUGGGGUUCACGAGCAGCCAGCGUGGCGGCUUUGACUUGAAUAUUCCGGCUUUGCCAGAAUUUUGGCCAGGUUUUGACUUGGGCGAGGAUGAGGUGGAAAGUCCUCAUCCAGCUAAGAAAUCGCGACACUUGCUGCCAACUAAACUGGAAUUAUUCCGCCAACAGUAGGACUUGGAAGACUUGAACAAAGCUAUACAAAUUUAGUUGAUGAGUUAGUUCUUCAAUUAGUUGUUACAUGUUUCAUGGGAGGGUGGAUAAUUUUUUAUUUUUUUAUUUUUAUUUUUUGUAAAUAUCGAAUACACUUGGUAAAAGUGAUUAUUUGAUUUAAUUAAUUUGUAUUUUCAAGAAAUGA